AUGGAAGUCAGACACGGUGAAGAGGGAAACAGAGGUUGGGUGUUCGAUGGGCAGCUACGAAAUGAACCCGUAAGGCUACUGGAUUUAUCGCCUGAUCUGGUUUCGUGGGUGAUUGGUGGUGAAAAUUCCGGUGGCUUUCAAGAACAUUCUCGGGUUGAAGCAGUAGGUGGAGAAGAAGCCGCUGCCAAUGGGGGCAAAAUCGGGAAGAAAAUACAACGGGUAGAAGCUUUGGUUGUUAUCUCAAUCGUCACCGAUCGUCGUCAAAUUGGAAUCAUGGAGUCUGGGGACAAGAGUAAUCGCCAAUUGCAAAGAGCUCUGUGCUAUUCAGAUGUUGAAAAGAGGGAUAGUGCCUCACCAUCUGUCAUCGUGAUAGGUGGUGGCACUGCUGGCAUUGCAGCUGCACGAGCUCUUCAUGAUGCUUCUUUUCAGGUUGUCCUGUUGGAAUCGCGGGAGAGAAUUGGUGGUCGAGUUCACACUGAUUACUCUUUUGGUUUUCCUGUCGACUUGGGUGCAUCAUGGUUACAUGGUGUUUGCAAGGAGAAUCCACUAGCACCUGUUAUUGGAAGACUUGGACUACCCCUUUAUCGAACUAGUGGCGACAAUUCGGUUCUCUAUGACCAUGACUUAGAGAGUUAUGGUCUGUUUGAUAUGGAAGGAAAUCAAGUUCCUCAGGAAUUAGUCUCGAAGGUUGGUGUGACAUUUGAGAGCAUCUUGAAAGAGACAGAUGUAGUAAGACAAGAAUUCAGCGAGGACAUGUCUAUAUUCCGUGCUAUCUCAAUUGUUUUCGAAAGGAGACCAGAUUUGAGGUUGGAGGGACUUGCUCAUAAGGUGUUGCAAUGGUACCUAUGCAGAAUGGAAGGCUGGUUUGCAGCAGAUGCUGAUACCAUAUCUCUCAAAUGCUGGGAUCAGGAAGAAUUGCUUCCAGGUGGGCAUGGGCUUAUGAUCCGAGGCUAUAUUCCGGUCAUUAAUACGCUUGCUAAAGGUCUUGAUAUCAGGCUGGGCCAUCGAGUAACCAAAAUAGUUAGACGUUAUAAUGGAGUGAAAGUAACAACUGAAGAUGGGAGAACAUUUACAGCUGAUGCUGCCAUUGUUGCUGUUCCUCUUGGUGUUCUGAAAUCAAAUUGCAUCAAAUUUGAGCCAAGAUUACCUGAAUGGAAGGAAGCAGCCAUUAAUGACUUGGGGGUUGGGAUUGAAAACAAGAUAAUUUUGCACUUUGAGAAGGUGUUUUGGCCCAAUGUAGAGUUUUUGGGAGUUGUUGCCGAGACUACUUAUGAGUGCAGUUAUUUUCUUAAUCUACACAAGGCCACUGGACAUUCUGUCCUUGUUUACAUGCCUGCAGGGCAACUAGCCCGUGAUAUAGAGAAAAUGUCGGAUGAGGCUGCUGCUAAUUUUGCUUUCACACAGCUUAAAAGAAUCCUUCCUAAUGCUUCUGAACCGAUUCAGUAUCUUGUUUCUCACUGGGGCACGGACAAAAACUCGCUAGGCUCCUACAGCUAUGAUACUGUAGGGAAACCUCACGAUCUGUACGAGAGGCUAAGGAUUCCUGUAGACAACCUAUUUUUUGCUGGGGAAGCUACAAGUACGGAAUACCCUGGGUCUGUCCAUGGUGCAUACUCCACCGGAUUAAUGGCUGCUGAAGACUGCAGAAUGCGUGUUCUGGAGCGGUAUGGAGAGUUGGAUUUGUUCCAGCCAGUCAUGGGUGAGGAGAAUCCUUUCUCUGUUCCUCUAUUGAUAUCCCGAAUGUAA